GAAAGCCUACGUAAGUAAUGGUAAGGAUGAUUCAUUUAGGACACCCAUUCUUAAUAGCACUUUCACUCCUUUCUCAGGGUUUCCUGUUUGCUGUGUCAAAGUCCAUCAGGAAAGCAGAGACUGAUGAUUUACUUCUUGAUACCAUCACUCUGAGAAAAGCCUUUCGCAAUGGAGACACACUAGAGAAGCCAUUAGGGGAUCCAAACAACCAAUAUAAUACAGAUGGAGCCAAUAUCUUAAAUGAAGAGGAAGAGAGGAACAUGAAGACCAUAGAUCCGCAACAAACGUACUUAAGUCCCGAUGGACUUCCACUAAACAUUGGAAUAAAACAGAUGCCGUACUUUGCAUUUAGAAACUCAUUACAUCACCCGGAAAGUGAAGAUCAGAAUUCUGAAUCGACACAGGAAAGGAGAGAUAUUGGAGAUGAAGAAAAUGCUGCAAAAUUUCCAGUAGGAAGGAGAGAUUUUGACAUGCUCCGGUGCAUGCUUGGAAGAGUGUAUCGACCCUGCUGGCAGAUAUAAAUCGGCAAAAGAAAUUAAGAUGGGAAGACAAUAUUUUCAUGGACUGGAUGGACAUGACAUAUUUGCAUAUUCCAAAGUCUUGGCAACAAUUUAGAGGGAGACAAAAGGAAAACCGUAUUUGUGGUGUAAUUUUAUUAAAAUAAAUAAAAAUGUGCAACCAUAACUAGUAGUAAAAAUAUUUACAAAUAAAAUAAAUCAAGGGGCAUAUCCUGUGCUAUAAAAACAUAUACAUUCUAUACUAUGCCCAACUGCAAACACAGAAGCUAUAAAAGCAUAACCCCGCCACCAAAAUUAACGUACUCAGAUUAAGCAUUUUGCAAUCAUUUUGCUCCAGGACACUACAGGGCUGUGUAGGAAAGAAUGGUCUUUCAUCUGGCAGAGUACAUUUUCCCAAGUACCCUUGUCAAGAGUAUGAGGCUUGCAUCAGAUAAUCCCCUUCACACUAGACAAAGCAAGGUUUCCUGAAGAACAAAUUAUAAUUCGGUGCAGGAGAGGUAAAUUGCUCCUUACUUAAAGGCCCCAGUGUUCAGAGAAAUGAAACAGAGAAGCCUCUGCCAUAGAAAUAUUACCUACAUAUUUCAUUGAACCUCAGCAGCCUAGAAUACAAAAUAACUGCACAACUCACUAAAAUUACAUAACUUAGUUUGUUGGAGGGGUUACAACCAGAAAUUUAGACCCUGAAGAAGCUGGUUAAUUUGGCUUGUCCAGUAAUUAGUUUGUUCUUUGAUGCUUUGUUUCUAGAUACACCCUGUUUAUUUGCCUUUGAGGAUGUUAGCUCAACUACUGCUUUCUUUUGUGGGGGUUCAUUCUCCUGUCCAUUUGUGGUUUCACUCUGUAUGUCCACUUGCUUCCUCUUUGACCUUUUGUUCCCCACAUUUUUGCAUGGUUUGUUCUUUACUUGCUCAGCAGUUUUGAGGUCAAUAUUUCCAGAACUCUGUUUAAGUCCUUUUUGCAAGUCAUUUUCUGAAAUAAUAAAGAAGCAAAAUAAAAUCAA